AUGGACCGGUCAGCCACCUCCAGCAGUCCCGGGUUCGCCCCGGCGUCUGAUGGGACACCGAGCCGUCCUGCGGAGACGCUGGCGCCGCAUCCGACCGCGCCGGCCGCUGACGGCCUCGGCAGGCGGCUCUUCGAAGCGUGCUCUGCCGGUGACGUGGAGGCCGCCCGGGCCGCCCUGCAGGCUGGCGCACACCCGGCGCUCCUCGAUCCUGCCGGCUACACGGCCCUGCACCGGGUCGCCGCCGGCUGGCACUGUCCCGAGACCACAGCUCGGCUGGUGCGGCUGCUGCACGACUGGGGAGCGCCGCUCGAGACAGCCAACGCAACGGGACAGACACCGGUGCUGCAGGCCGCGGAAGUCGGCAACACCGCCGCCUUGCUGGUGCUGGCAGAGCUGGGGGCCGUCUGCGACGCUGUCGACCAUCACGGCAACACUCUGCUUCAUCUGGCCGCAAGCUCGGGAAACCCGCAGACGGUCAGCGCAGCGCUUGACCGCCUGCCAGCCGACGCCGUUGGACGACUCAACCAGAAAGGUAUGACGCCACUGCAGGUGGCCAAAAACCGCGAGACGGUGCGGCCGCUAUUGGGUGCUGGCGCCCAGGCCGACGAGCCCACCGCCCUGAUGCUGCUGAAAAAUAUGCCGUCCGCCAUGCCCGACGUGCUUGACCGCUACAUGACCACCAACGGCCAGCCGCUGGACAGCUCACAGCUGGAGGUUUACCUCGACUACAUGCCCUUCUGGGACGUGGAAAGGAAGAAGCCGGCGCCGGAGACGGCUCUUCUGCGCGCCAUCGUGGAUGCCGACCAGAACGAACUGCUCAAGCAUCCUUUGAUCGAAACGUUCAUGCACGUCAAGUGGCUGCAGAUUCGACCCUUUUUCUACUUUAACUUCGCGUUCUUCGUGUGUUUCGCAUUACUUGUGACCGCUUACGGGAUGCUCCGCACUCGUCAGCCGAACGACAGGAUAACGCAAGUGGUUGGACUUCUGACGGCCGUCUUCACCGCCCUGACCGGCGUUCGAGAACUGCUCCAGGUGGCUCACGGUGUGCGCUCCUACUUUGGCAGCGUGGACAACUGGCUGGAGCUGCUGCUGCUAGUGCUCAGCACUGCGCUGCUGGCAGUGCCGGACGCCCAGCAGUGGUGGGUGCAUCACGUCGCCGCCUGGCUGAUGCUGUCCGCCUGGCUGGAGCUCACACUCAUGAUCGGCCGCAUCCCCGCGGUCGGCAUCUACAUCUACAUGUUUGUUCGCGUGGCGCAGAAGCUGAUUGGCUUCCUGCUGGUCUACUCGCCACUCUUGGUCGCCUUCGCCCUCAGCUUUUACGUCGUGUUCGGGGAGACGGACGCCUAUAAAAGUAUCCCUCUGUCACUGAUCAAGACGUUCGUGAUGAUGAUGGGAGAGUACGAGUACAACAGUGCAUUUAUUGAUCACAGCCCGACCUACCUGGGAACGUCGCACGUCCUGAUGGUUCUGUUUAUAGUUAGCAUGCCAAUCAUCACUGUGAACCUGCUCAUAGGUCUGACCGUCAACGACAUCCAAAGCGUGUUCAUGACGGCUGGCUGGAUGGUGAACAACAUGCUGCGGCUGCUGCAGGAGCGUGAGGACCGCGCCGACCAGGGCGAGCCGCCGAUAUCGGCACGCCUGGAGGAGCUGUCGACCGGCUCGCCGGGAGCGGGCCGUCGGCGGCCGCAGGCGGCGGUCGAGCGGACUCCCGGCGACGGCGACGGCGCCAGCAGGGUGGAGCAGAAGCUGGACAAGGUGCUGGUCUCGCUGUCGGAGCUCUCGUUGAGGGUGGGCGUGCUGGAGCGGUGCGUGGCGCCGCCGGAACGGCACACGCCGCCGCUGUGA